CUGGUCUAAUGCUGUCAAGGCCAUUGCACGUCUUCUGAGAAGGGUUAAGAAGGAUAAGUCUAAUUCACCAGCAUCAGUGAGUGAACAAGAACAAGCUAGAUGCUUGAUUCUAAAAGGAGUGCAGAAACAAGUUUAUCAGAAAGAAAUGGAUGUCCUGAGUCAAGGUAAACAGCUUCCAUGUCAUAACAGACUUCAUCAUCUAGACACCUUCAUAGAUACGGACGGUAUGAUUAAGGUGGGAGGAAGAUUAAGUCACUCGUCAUGCACUCAUGUGUUCAAGCACCCACUGAUUCUUCCCAAAGAACAUCAUGUAACUAAGCUGAUAAUUGCACACUAUCAUGAAAGUGUUAAGCAUCAAGGGAAAGGUUUCACGAUUAAUGCUAUCAGAUCUUCAGGCUAUUGGAUACCUGGAAUGAACAGAGUUGUCACAUCUUACAUUCACAAUUGUGUAACUUGUAGAAAGUUGAGAAAAUCUGCUGAAGGACAACGGAUGAGUGAUCUUCCUGUAGAACGUGUAGAGUCUUCCCCACCGUUUGUGUAUUGUGGUAUGGAUUGCUUCGGUCCGUUCAUGACUAAAGAAGGAAGAAAACAGCACAAAAGGUACGGUCUGAUUCUAACUUGCUUUUGUUCAAGAGCCGUUCAUAUAGAAAUGUUGGAGGAUAUGUCCACGGAUGCUUUCAUCAACAGUUUACGAUGCUUCAUUGCUGUCAGAGGCACAGUACGGCAGAUUAGAUGCGACCAAGGUACCAAUUUCGUUGGUGCUAAGAACGAACUGAACUCCGCAUUAAAGCAACUUGAUCCAGAAAGGCUUACUGCUUUUCUUGCAGAUAAACAGUGUGAUUUUGUUUUGAAUCCCCCUCAUUCCAGUCAUGCUGGUGGUGUAUGGGAGCGUCAAAUCAAAACUGUAAGGAGUGUUCUUAAUGCUACAGCUUCCCUCGCAUCAGGCAGGCUCAGUGAUGCUUCACUGCGCACAUUGUUUUACGAAGCCAUGGCAAUAGUUAACAGUCGUCCUCUUACUGUGGAUAACUUGAACGACCCCAAAAGCUUGGAACCGCUCACACCUAACCAUUUGAUUACUAUGAAAGCCACCACAGUCUUACCACCACCAGGAAAGUUCAUAAGAGAAGAUAUCUAUGGGAGAAAGAGAUGGAGACGGGUACAGUACCUUACUGAGCAAUUCUGGAGUAGAUGGAAAAAAGAGUAUCUCCACAACAUUGCUAUAAGACAACGCUGGCAUGCUCCGAAAAGGAACUUUCAGAUUGGUGAUGUUGUCAUGGAUAUGGAUGAAAACCUUCCAAGGAAUGUAUGGAGAUUAGGUCGGAUCAUAGACACUGUAACUAGCCAAGAUGGGUUAGUAAGGAAAGUUACAUUGACACUUGGUGACAAAACACUGAACAAGAAAGGAGAACGAUUGAACAAGGUCUCAGUAGUUGAGAGGCCAGCUCAGAAGUUGGUUUUAUUAUUGGAAGCGGAUUAAAAACAUCUUCAAAGAGACUUUACAUGCACUCACAAAGGUCUUUAUAAGUGAAAUGUGAUUACUUAUUCUUGAAAAUUAUGCAUGUUGAUAUAACAUUUAUAAUUUGGUGGGAGUGUAACAGACUUUGAUAAUUUUCUAGUACAUUUUUGUAUAUAUUUUUAUAGUCCUGUUUAGUUUAAAUUAGAUUUACAAAAUGUAUUAAGUGGGACUUUUAUUUUGACAUGUUCUGCGGGCUUCGGGGGAAAAGGAAGUAAGGGGAGAGCGCGAGUUAUAGUGGAAAGAGCUAAGAGAAAGCACGCGCUUCGCGCAGAGUUGUACUGUUUAUCAAGUUUAACGAAGUUUAAUGGUAUAUGCACCCCCUCGGAAAAGGCACAAGCUCUUACGGUGAUUGGUGAUGUGAUUUAUUGAAAGCAUAAAGAAGUGAAACAGACUCAAUAAAAAACUUCAUUGACAUCAGUAAAGAAGUGUCCAUCAUUCGAGAGGG